AUGGAUAAUUAUUUUAUUGGUAUAUAAAGAACAUCAUCGAAUUCAUUAUUAAUCACCGACUCUGCUGCUGCUAGUACUGCAUUAGCCCAAACUGUUAAUGGUAGAAUUUCAGUCGAUGUUGACGGUAGACCUGUAGGUGCAAUUGGUGAAGCUUUAAAAUCACAAGGUUAUAAAAUUGGUCUUGUUGUUACAACUUCAGUUUUUCAUGCUAAUCCUGCAGUAUGGUAUUCUCACGCUAAUAACAGAGGUUCACAAGAUUCAAUUGCUAAGCAAAUGGUUUUAUUUUAA